AUGAGGAAGAAGCUCGACACUCGCUUCCCAGCUGCUCGUAUUAAAAAGAUUAUGCAAGCUGAUGAGGAUGUUGGGAAGAUAGCUUUGGCUGUGCCUGUCUUAGUUUCGAAAUCUUUGGAGCUGUUCUUGCAAGACCUUUGUGAUCGUACUUAUGAGAUUACACUUGAAAGAGGAGCCAAGACUGUUAGCUCAUUGCAUCUAAAACAUUGUGUGGAGAGGUAUAACGUGUUUGAUUUUCUGAGGGAAGUUGUGAGCAAGGUGCCUGACUAUGGUAAUGCGCAAGGGCAGGGGCAGGGGCAGGGUGAUGUUACCAUGGAUGAUCGCAGCAUCUCCAAGAGAAGGAAGCCGAUCAGUGACGAAGGAAAUGACAGUGACGAGGAAUAUAAGAAAAGCAAAACACAAGAGGUGGGGAAUGCUAAGCCCAGUGGCAGGGGUAGUAGGGGGAGAGGACGAGGAAGAGGUCGCGGUGGACGAGCUGCUAAAGCAGCGGAAAGAGAGAAUCUGAACCGCGAGAUGGAACUGGAGACCGCUAUGACAGAACAGCCACCUCCUCAAGACAGUACCCAGAUGCACGUGUCAGUGUCACCACCACGAGAAAAUGAGAAGAAAGAUGUCGAUGGAGGCACUGCAGCAUCAAACGAAGACAACAAGCAACAACUUCAAAGUCCAAAAGAAGGCAUGGACUUUGAUCUCAACGCUGAAUCUCUCGACCUAAACGAGACCAAACUGACGCCAGUCGCAGCGGCAGAUACAGCCACAGCUACGGCCUCAGAGGAAUAUCCAGGCUGGCCUAUGGAGUUGGGUAAAAUUGACCCAACACAGUUAGCAAACUUGGGUAAGAGAAUAGACGAGGACGAGGAAGAUUACGACGAAGAAGGCUAA